UACAAAUAUUUUGUUUCAGAUGAAUUAUAUUGUUUAUCUGUACUGUGAUAGUGAAGUUCUAGAAUUAAAAAAUUGUGACAUAAUAAUGCCAGAGAAGCUAAAAAAUUGGUCUAUGGAUGAUUGGAGAUCUCGUGGUCAAACAUUAACGGAGGACGAUCUUCAAAUAAAGGCAAUUCAUAAGGAUUGUGUAAAUGCGGCAUGCAUAUUACAGGUUUCAGUUGGAAUUGAUACAAAAUCGCUUGUUCAAAAAAUGCAAAACUUUGUAUUGAAAAAAAAAUUUACCCCUAAAAAUGGACUCCUCAAACUUAUUAAUCGUGUGGGUCAAAACAAAAGGCAGAGCAUUCCACCUUUAAAUCAUAUUCUUACUGCAGAAUCAGAAGUAGAAAUUGAUUUUAAUACAUCAAAAAAAACACAAGAAAACUCCUUUAAGUCAACAAAACAGAAAGAGAAAAAAAAAUUUAUCUUUGAAGAACCUCCUUUACCAUCAUUACCAUUGUGGGAGCCACUAAAGCUUCCUGAUUCCGAUUCAAACUUUUUGUCCGUCUCUGCCUCAAUGGAUCAAGUAGAUGACUUGCCAGUUACACAGAUAGUGUUUCCAUCAGAAAUGCAGUCUGUUUCACAAGUUCAACCGUUACUGCAUUCAUCUUCUUCCUUUUCUUUAUCAUCUCAAAAAACUGGGAUAGACCAAAUAAAUAACUUUAUUCGGAAAGCAAAUGUUGAACCCAAUACUGUUGAAGGCAUUCAAUUUAUAGUGAACUCCAUGUACAGAAAACUUUGUGGGUUGGAAACAGAAAUGCGUUCCAUGCGUUCAAUUUUAGACACUAAUCAUGGUAAUAAAGAAAAUAUUAAUAUAGAUUAUUUACCAGCUAAUUCAGUUGAAGAGUUUGACUCACUAGAAAAUAAAAUAAUUAACUCUAAUGAUAAAGAUAUCAUUUGCAGAAAGUUAAAGCAAAUUGGUGGGAGAAAUGUAAGUGACUUUUUAAAAAAUGCUUUAAAAACUUGUUUAACAGACAAGCUGUGCUGCAGCAUUAAUCGAACUGGUGCAGAUAAAAAGCGUAAGUUUAUAGGACCAGUCGAAAGUUUGAUUUUUGAUGCAGCUUACUGUUUAUUUCCAACUGCCACUGAAUCCAGUAUGACUACAAUAAUUGCGAAACACUUGAAAAAGUCUAAAGAUCGUUAUUUUGCUGCAAGAAAGAGAAGUUCUUCUUUAACAAGUGAUAUACAAAUACACAGUCCUGUUAGAAAAAAAAGAAAUUUAAACACUGACUCAUGUAGUGAUUCCAGUUAACUUAUUUUUUUUGUUUAUUUGUUCUAUUAUUUUUUAUAGACUUUUCUUUUUUUAGAUAUUUUAU